AUGGCGGACGAGCAUACCAUGUCCACUGAAGAGUGGGAGGAAGUCUCUCAAGACAUCCCCUCACUCUCGGAUCCCUUCCUUCAGCAAUAUCUCACAGGCCGAGCAAACCUCAUGAGUCAAGAACAAAAGUCUCGCACAGAUGCCUCAUUCAGAGCCUCUCUUUCACCUAUUGCCAAGCGCGCGAGUGACAUUGUCGACCGCAUCCGCGACCAGGAGAAUGACUCCAUCUGGACCCCUCAAGUUGAGGAAGAGCUGGCCCAAGCAGGAAACGAGUGCAUCUUUCCCGGAAUGAUGUUCAUGCUGGCCAAGGAUCGCAUGGAGAAGACCAACCUCUGGAAGAUUGUUCGACGCAUGCCAAAGGGAGCGCUGCUUCACGCUCACAUGGAUGCCAUGGUCAACUUUGACUUUCUCUUUGACGAGCUUCUGAAAAUGCCAGGAAUGCACAUGUGUAGCGACCGACCUCUUAACACUGAAGAAUCGCGAGAGGAUGCAGUCCCUAGCUUCCGAUACAGAACCAAGUCGGACACUGAUGGAUCUAUCUGGGAAGAGAGCUAUAAGCCCAAUGCCUUUGUCCCACUUCCAAAGGCUGCAGAUGAGUUUCCCCAUGGUGGACGACCUGGCUUUCUCAAGUGGCUGAAGGGCCGAUGCACUCUUUCCGUCACAGACAGCCAUGAGCAACACCAUGGAGUCGAUGCCAUUUGGGUCAAGUUUGGAAAGUGUUUUCUCGUUUGUGCCACCAUCAUUCACUAUGAACCCAUGUUCCGGAUCUUCCUCCGCGAGCUCAUGAAGAACCUCAAGGAUGACGGCGUCAACUGGGCCGAACUUCGAUUCACUUGGCCACUUAACUAUUGCCGUGAUAAGCGAGAGGAGCCUGAGAAAGACUACAUCCACAUGUUUGAGGUUCUACGCGAAGAGAUCGAUAACUUCAAGAAAUCGCCGGAGGGCAAGGGUUUCUGGGGUCUCGCCACUAUUUGGACUUGCCUGAGAAGCUGGCCGACCCGCCUGAUCGUAGAGAACAUGGACUGCUGCAUCGCUACCAAGAUUGCUUUCCCUGACCUCAUUGCUGGUUAUGACUUGGUUGGUCCCGAAGAUCUGGGCCGACCCCUUUCUGAUCUGCUCCCUGAGCUUUUCUGGUUCCGCAAGCAGUGCUCCAUGGAAGGCGUCAACCUCCCGUUCUUCUUUCAUGCAGGAGAGACACUUGGGGAUGGCACUGACACUGAUAACAAUGUGUUUGAUGCGAUCUUACUUGGCACCCGACGCAUCGGCCACGGCUUCAGUCUCUUCAAACACCCCCUGCUGAUCGAUAUGGUCAAGGAUAAACGUAUUCUCAUCGAAUCGUGCCCCAUCUCGAACGAGGUCCUCCGCCUCUGUGGCUCC